AUGCCAAUGAAAAGAGGUCAUAUGUCAGCUCCUCAAAAUACAUUUAUUGAUACAAUUAUACGUAAAUUUGAUUCACAAAAUCGUCGUUUUCUUAUAUCUAAUGCCCAAUUAGCAAAUAAACCAAUAAUUUAUUGUAAUGAUGGAUUUUGCGAAUUAAUUGGAUAUUCACGUGCUGAUAUAAUUCAAAAAGCCUGUACAUGUGAAUUUUUAUAUGGUAGUGAAACAAGUGAAAAAGCUGCAAAACAAAUUCGUCAUGGUUUACAAGGCAGUGAUGAAAAAGAAGUUGAUAUUGUCUUAUAUAAGAAUGAUGGCAUGAAAUUUCGAUGUUCAGUGCUCAUUGCUCCGGUGAAAAAUGAAUCAUGCGAUAUUAUUUUAUACAUUCUUGAAUUUACUGAAAGUAAUGGUCGUAGUCAACAACGACGAAUGCCAAAACUUCGUGACUAUUCAACUAAUCCAGCAUUGGGUGUACAUAAUCGUUCAUGGCUACAGAUGUUAAAUCCAUUAGCGCGGCAUAAACCGCGUCGAUCACAUGAUCCAACAACUGGACGGACAAGUGAUUUUGAAGGUUCCUCACCAACUGAUACGAUGGGUGGUUAUAUUGCAUUGAAUCAUAAAAACACAACAACAAAUAUUCUUCUGGAUGAAACAAUUCCAUCAGCAUCAAAACAUCUAACGAUAGAUUAUGAAACAAAUCCUGCAUCAUCUACAAGUUCAAAUAGUUUAUUAAAACCUGAAACUAAUCUUUGGGUUGCAAAUAUGACUGAUGUUGAAUCAAUGAAAAAUAAAUCUCAAAGUUUAAGUAAUAUAGCUGAAACUGUUCUAAAAAAAGAAACAAGAGGUUCAAAAAAAAUUAAACAUUCAUUUUUACCAAAUAUUCCAAAUCGUAUAGCACAAAUCUUAUCUUUAGGUGAAGAUAUUGUACCGGAUUAUCGUUUACCAGAUAGUCGUCGUAUACCACGUACAAUUAUACUUCAUUAUUCACCAUUUAAAGCUGGAUGGGAUUGGUUAAUUUUAUUACUUGUUAUUUAUACAGCUAUUGUAACACCCUAUACAGCUGCAUUUUUAAUGCAUGAAGAUGGACCAAAUAAACAACGUUCACGUCCAUCACGUGCAUUAAAUAUUAUUGAACUUAUUGUUGAUGUUAUGUUUAUUAUUGAUUUAUUAGUUAAUUUACGUACAACAUAUGUUAAACAUAAUGAAGAAUUAGUAACACGUGCAAGUAAAAUAGCUAAACAUUAUUUAAAAGGAUGGUUUUUAAUUGAUGUAACAGCAGCUAUACCAUUUGAUAUUUUAUUUUCAUUAUUACAAACAAACGGUGGAGGAGAAUCAACAACAUUAAUGGGUUUAUUAAAAACAGCACGUUUAUUACGAUUAGUACGUAUAGCAAGAAAAUUAGAUCGUUAUUCGGAAUAUGGUCUCGGAGUUUUAAUUUUAUUAACGGCUACAUUUGCACUCAUUGCACAUUGGCUUGCUUGUAUAUGGUAUGCUAUUGGUCGUCUUGAACGAAAUAAUCAUGGCAAUGAGCGAUUAAUUGGCUGGUUAGCUGAAUUAGCAAAUCAUACGCAUCAAUAUUAUAAUGAUUCAGAUCCAACAUCUGGUCCAACAAAAACAUCGAAAUAUAUAACAGCACUAUAUUUUACCUUUUCAUCUCUUACAUCAGUCGGUUUUGAAUCACGCAUAACAUGGCUUGAUGAAUUAGCACGUAUAUCAGGUCAACCGUAUAAUUGUUCAUCAGUAAUAAAUCAGAAUGGAACGAAUUUGAUUGAAAAAAUAUGUUUUGGUGGACCUAAUCUUCGUUCAAAAUAUAUUACAGCACUUUAUUUUACUUUUUCAUCAUUAACAUCAGUUGGAUUUGGCAAUGUUAGUCCUAAUACAAAUUCCGAAAAAAUUUUCUCCAUUUGUAUCAUGUUAAUCGGAUCUCUUAUGUAUGCUAGUAUUUUUGGUAAUGUCAGUGCUAUUAUUCAGAGACUGUAUUCGGGUACAGCACGUUAUCAAAUACAGAUGUUAAGAGUAAAAGAAUUUAUUCGUUUUCAUCAAAUACCUAAUCCACUUCGACAACGAUUAGAAGAUUAUUUUAAUCAUGCAUGGAAUUAUACAAAUGGUAUUGACAUGAAUAUGGUGCUGAAAGGUUUUCCUGAAUGUUUACAAGCUGACAUAUGUCUUCAUUUAAAUAGUCAAUUACUUAAAAAUUGUUCAGCAUUUAAAGAUGCUAGUGACGGUUGUUUACGUACGUUUUCAAUGAAAUUUAAGACAACUCAUGCACCACCAGGUGAUAUAAUAACACAUCGUGGAGAUAUUUUAACAUCAUUAUAUUUCAUUUCACGUGGUUCAAUUGAAAUAUUAAAUGAUGAUAAUGUUGUUGCUAUUCUUAGUAAAGAUGAUAUUCUUGGAGAAAAUCCUUUGUUAUAUAGUGAACCAGGAAAAUCAGCAUUUAAUGUUCGUGCAUUAACAUAUUGUGAUUUACAUAAAAUCUUACGAGAUGAUUUACUUGAAGUCAUCGAUAUGUAUCCUGAAUUUGCACAAAGUUUUUGUGAAAAUUUAAAAAUUACUUUAACAUUACGUGAUGAAGAUUUAGUUUCAAAAUCAAAUCAAUGUCGAUCAAAAUAUUUUACAAAUCCACAACAAUUUCGAGCAAGUACAUCGUGUACUAGAACUGAUGAAGAUGAUGUAUCAAUAGUAGCUCCACAAUUUGAAGAAUAUCCAAGUGGGACAGGUAAAGACUUAUUCUUAAUUAUUAAAAGACGUUCUGUAAAAAUCGUCAAGAAUAUUCUAUGUAAUUAG